ACCAUGAGUGGGUUUAUUCUCGUUGGCUUUUCUUCCGAGCCUGAGCUAGAAAUCCUAUUUGCAUCUUUGUUCUUAAUCUUAUACUUGUUGGCCUUAAUUGGCAAUAUUGUCAUUAUUGCCACCACUUCCAUGGAUGAGAGCCUCAACUCCCCCAUGUACUUCCUCCUGAAGCAUCUCUCCUUCUCAGAUCUCUGUUAUAUUUCUGCUACUGUACCGAGAUUCAUUUACAACUCUUUCAUGCAGAGUGGAAAUAUUUCCUUCUGGGAAUGCAUAGUGCAGUGCUUUGCUUUUGUUGUCUCUGGUACUGCCGAGCUAGCAUUGCUCACAAUGAUGUCCUAUGACCGCUAUGUAGCCAUCUGCUUUCCACUGCACUAUGAGAUCAUCAUGGAUGUCAAAACAUGUGUCCAUGGGGUAGUUGGAGUUUGGGUCAGUGGGACCAUCGCUGGAGUCAUGCACACAGCAUCUACAUUCUCCAUUAGUUUCUGUGAACCCCUGGUCAUUCACCAGUUCUUCUGUGAUAUCCCCCCAAUCUUGAAACUCUCCUGCUCCAAUGACUAUCUUGGUGAGGUUGGAGUCAUUGCCUUUGUAGCUAUGUUGUCAUUUCUUUGUUUCAUCUUUAUUGGAUUCUCCUAUAUGCACAUAUUUUCCUCUGUGCUGAGGAUGCCAUCAGCGGAGGGCAGAGCCAAGGCCUUUUCCACCUGCCUCCCCCACCUUGCUGUUGUCAUAUUAUACCUUUCUACAGGUAUCUUUGAGUAUUUUAAGCCUCAUUCUGAAUCUCCAACUGCUUCGGACAUGUUUCUUACUAUUAUGUAUACAGUAGUUCCCCCAACCUUUAAUCCAGUGAUCUAUAGCCUGAGAAAUAAAGCCAUUAAGUCAGCUCUACAAAAAAUAUUUUACAGAAGAAAAGAAGUGCUGGCUUUUACUCCAUCUCAAUUGGGACACAAGUUCAGUAUGUAA